GAAUCGCAAUAAUCUUUUUCGACAAAUCCGAACAGGAAAUGACUAUUCUGGCGGCAAGAGCACGCGUUAGCCUUUGUUCUACCGUGUUCAUUAGCUGUUUUCACCUAUUAAACUAAAUGUAUAGAAUUGAGGGCCACCUAACAUUCACAACUGAUAAUUACAUUUUAUUUCUAUGCUUCUAGUAAAAACAAUUUGUUGAAAUUUUUAACCGUGUUGGUUUGCUAUUGCAACCCAGCCAGUAGCGCCUCGCCUUAGCAUACGUUAUCCUUUGCUGGCGUUUGCUACACAGUAUUGGCGAUGUAUCAUGAGAUUGCUGGCUAAAGACUGUGGGAGACGAAAGAAAUUAACAAAACUACGAAUUUUACAUAAUAAAUUUAUUCAAUCUUGGGACCAAUAUUUUAUAUCAUUUAUGUGAAUGAUUUCCCUAAUUUUAAUGAUGAUAAUACCUCGCUUAUUUCCUGGCUUGCUAUGCUGAUGAUACCGCGAUAGUUUCGAAGUCUAGGAAUCUAAAUCGUGUACUGGAAUGCAUUCAAGAAAAAAUCCCUAUCAUAGAGCGCUGGUGUAGCAACUGGAAAAUUAGGAUCCAACCUGAGAAGUCAAAAAUUCUCCUAAUCAGAAAAUUCCGCAAAAGGGGCGCAAUUAAGAAAGAACCAGAGCUCUUCGGAACCCAGGUUCCUAGAGUCAGUGCUGCCAAUUAUUUAGGCGUCGCCCUAAAUAAGGACUUCACCUGGUCCAACCACAUGAUUAAAGUGUGUGGAAAGGCACGUUAGGCAUGUCUCAUUAGUCAUGUGGUACGUUAGUAAUAUCAUGGUUGUCAGGCUUUUCCCCGCUGCUCAAAAGAAAAGAACUCGCUGAACUAAAUCUGAAAAUGAGACUUUACCUCUCGAUCAUAAGACCUAUUGUUACGUAUGCUUUCCCCGCCUGGGCAAACGCUAGCGAAAAGGACAUUAAAAAACUUCUGGCUCUCCAAAUAAGACUGUAAAAGUCAUCACAAACGCUUCCUAUUUCAUUCGAAAUAGAAUUCAGAUCUGAAGAUUGAAUCUGUUAAAAAAUUCAUCAGUAAGAUAAAUGAAAAUUUCUUCAGCAGAUCUAUAAGAAAAAACCCUGCAAACUUCGCUGACAUCCUGGCCUGUGAGGUUCUGGAGGUGGAUAUACUUAUGCUGCUCAUUUGCUUCACUCAAACCCAUACAGCCACGAUAACCAGUGAUUACACAAAACUUCUGUGCACUGAUAGUUUUCUGUUGAAAAUUGUGGUUCUUCAAAAUUACGACUCUGAAAGACUCCAUCAUAUAAAACAGAAUUUUCUGUGUGUUUUAAAUGGUCUUUAUAUAUAGUUGUAAAUAAUCCCCACAUCUCAGGCUUCGUCGAAGAAACUCUCCCAAGCCUCCGGUAUACUUUCAGGAGGCAAAGUACUCCAAUUUUCUUCCCUGACAAAUUCACCUCAUCUAGGGCAUAUAUUUAAUUGCGGAUUUCACAAAGGUCAGGCCCUGAAACAGAAUCUCUAAAUUAUUGGCAAGAGCAGGGGAAAAUAUCUCCUGUUGUAUGCCAGUAUACCGACGAAUGUAUCAACUUUUUCAUCUUAUUAUUGGAUCCCUUUGGUUUCUCCCAGCAACAGAUUUUAUUAGCCGCAAAGUUUGUACCAGGUGGUAAGAAGCCUAUCGCCGAGCCUGAUAACAGUGGUGGUGUAUAGGGUGCUAUGCAUUUUGCAGACCAGUGGAAUUUUUGUGGAUCCUAAAUUCUUAAAAAUUUUGCCAUGCCUAAAUUUUGCUCCUUCACUAAAUUCUAAAAAUUUUGCCGCUCUCAAACUUUUCCUCUGGUAACGGUUCUGAUCGGGUAUAAAUUUGUAUAGGUUAGUUAUAUUAGUGUAGCUGAAUUGGUAUGUAAUAUAAUUAUUAGAAUUUGCGCGUUCUAAAAUAAUUUUCACACGCAUAAAAUAAUUUAUGGUCCGCUCAGUUUUCUACACCUAAAUAUGGAAAUGAGUUCAAAAUGUUUGGCAGACUGAAAAGUAAAAUAUGAUUAUAAAUUAAUUGAUUUCUUUUUCUGGAUAGAAUAACUGAUGUUGGUUACCAUGUUGAAAUUUAUCUGAUGCAUUUGGGUGCUAUGAAUAAAAUAUUUUUUAAAUUUAGAAUUAAAAAGUAAAUAAAUGAAAACAACCUUCCGAUUUAGAGGAGGGGGAGGGUUAACAAUAAAUAACAAUUAAUAAAUCAUCUUCGAAAUUUCAUGUUAUUCCGCAGGUCGACUGAAAAUGAUGGCUAGAAAUUUUAAUUGCUUAAUUUUUUAUCCUAGAUAUACACUUCCACUUCAGAAGUUUCUUUAAAUGGAUAAAAAGUUAAUAUACUUUUAAUGCUGCACGGCUAAGUAUGUUCUAUAGAAAUAAAAUCUAACUUUUUAUAUGAAUUCUGCUGAAAAAAGUUUCCAAUUAUCUUUCAAUAUAUUAAAAAUAAAAAAUUCCAUACCUUUUCACUAAGAAUUAGUAGAAAUAUGUUCGUCAAAUUUUUAAAUGAUGUUUACCCUAGACCGGGGGGAGGGAAUUCGGUCAGUAUUUUACUAUUCAGCUGUUAAGUAUUUGUUUUGGUUUAUGAAUUAUAAAAAAUAUGUAUUUGAGUUUCUGAUAUUUAUGAACAUUUUCUAUACUUUUUGGUGUUUUACGAAACACACUAAAAAGUAAUUUAUAUCGAAACAAAUGUAUGUAUGUAUUUUUCGAGUUUUGGAAAGGUGGGGAAUGAUCUUUCAGUGAUAAUGAAAGGUGUGUAUAUGGCAAAAAAUGUCAUCGACCACUGCCCUAGAUUAAUCGCCAAAACUUUUGCCAAAAAGUCGCCAAGAAGAAAACUUCGUUUUUGUACUUGUUCCAUAGAUAUGUUCUCAGACGUAUGUAAAAGAAAAGUGACUUACUGUAUGGAGUAUAGAAAAAGACUAAUAUAUCAGUAAUUGGAAAUGGGUCGCAAAAAAAGUAAAAGAGGUCGUCAUCGCUCUCAGCCAUAUCCAGCAGUGUUUCAGGUAUUACAGAAUGGCCACCAAUCCAGAUGUAAUGAAGCUGUUAUUGAAAACAAUCUGCCCGGUUCCAGUUACUGUAAGAGUACGGGUGAACUGAGACUGAAGAUCUCAAAGUGUACAGUGCAAUGUACAGAUAUUGCAAAAAGUGGUUUUUGUAUACAGAAUGAAUAUAAGUCAACUGAAGAAGGUAAGCGAUCUACAGAUGUUGGAACAAGUGACGUUUGCUUACACAAUGGAUGCAAGUCAGCUGGAGAAUGUAAACAGUCUUCCAAUCCUUUGAAACUUAAGAUACCCAAAUCUAUAAUUCAGCCAAAUGAAAUCAAAGUGCGAGGAUUACGUCGUACUUCAAGGCGCAUUAUUGUGCGUGUCCGGAAAGACUUUUAUUCAGAUAUGUCAACAAAAAAAAGAAAGAAAAAAUGUUCUUCUGAAACUAAAAAUGUGAGAGAUUCAUCUUUAAAGAACGAAGCUGUGGAAGCCUCUGCACUUAAUGAAAAGGAAAAACCACGACGUCGUGGAAGGCCUAAAAAAGUAUCUAGCGAUCUACAGCCUAACCAGCAUGAAAAGAAACCUUCUUCUUCAGGUACGUAGCAAAUUACCAAAAAGGAAA